AAUCUGACGCACGGUCAGUGGGUUACUAGUUUGCUGUGUAGCAAUUAUGUUAACAGUGUCUUCUGUCUUCUUCUUUUGGUCUAAUCUACUUUACGGCUGCUCAUAAUGGCACAAGCGUUACUCCCCGUCUUUUCAGCUUUCCUUUUGGGCUUAACACUCGUGUCGGCGUAUGUUGAAGAGCUUGACGACAAAUUUAACGACUUCCGGAAGAGUGAGCCAUGGCUAGUGGAAUUUUAUGCUCCAUGGUGUGAAUUCUGCAAGACGUUCGAGCCAAUAUGGUAUGAAGUGGGUGCAGAGCUGAAGAGUUUGGGCUCUCCUGUUACUGUGGGGAAGAUUGACACCGCAGUCUACACCAAUGUUGCCACAGAAUAUGCCAUUCGUGGAUAUCCAGCGAUAAUCCUCCUGAAAGGAGAGAAAUCCUAUGAGUACAAAGGACCAAGAACAAAAGAUGGCAUCAUUGAGUUCACCAACCGAGUAGCUGGGCCCGUGGUACGCUCUCUGACCAGCGCCCAGCUGUUCCAGCAUGCCACGAGUCGACAUGACCUUUUCUUCCUAUACAUUGGAGGGAGGUCACCUCUAAAGGGUUUGUACUAUAAAGUGGCAGCUGAUUUUAUUAUCCACAACUAUUUCUUCUCUGCUCCUGAGGACGUUUUACCAAAGUCAGUAACUCUGCAAGAGGUUCCAGCUGUUGCUGUGUUCAAGGACGGAACAUACUACGUCUACAAUGAGGAGCAUGACGGUAAUCUUUCAGCCUGGGUGGAUCAGGAGCGAUUCCGCUGUUACUUCCAGAUGGACAGCUUCACGCUCUACCAGAUGGGGGACAGAACCAAACUUGUAGCUUUGACAGUACUGGAAGAGAAGAAUCCGAGUGCAGACAGUAUUCGCUAUAAGUCUCUAAUGGAAAAAGUGGCAACAGAAUACAGAGACCAUUACAAGACGGACUUUCAGUUUGGCUACAUGCAUGGAAAUGACUACAUUAACGGCUUCAUAAUGGGUGAACUGGAAAUACCAUCUCUUAUAGUGAUGAACAUGACCAUUGAUGGGUACUAUCUACCAGAGAGUAAGAUUGAGACCACUGAAGAGCUUCUUCAGUUCCUCAGCAGUGUUCUGGAUGGACAGUCACAGUUACUUGGGGGGAACGGGUUUCUGCGCCGUAUAAAAAGAAUGUGCUAUCGGCUGCUGACGACUAUAAAGACGAGUUAUGCAUCCGCUCCCUUCGUCACCUGCUUCCUCUUCUCGCUGCCCUUGGGCCUGGUGCUCAUAAUCAUUUGGGGUAUGUGUACUGCCGUGCCGGUGGAUGAUGAUAGUGGCGAAGGGGCUUUGCUGGCUGCAGGGAUCCGUCCUGAGGUCAAACAGAGGAAAGGCUCAGCACAGAAGACCAUUGAGGCCAAGAAGGAUGAUUAAAGGAGCAGUUAGACCAAGCAGGGUAAUAUUGCCAACAGUGAAUGGGAAAUAGUAGGGUCAUUCCAUGGUAACUUUCCAAUAGUUUAUCCAGUCACGUCAUGGAUUUCUACCAAAAGAGCCUAAUCCUGUUAACGUUUUUAUUUAUAAAAAUCAGGUUUCAGUAUCGUACCUUUGGUCAUCAUUACAGUCUUUACAAUAAUAAAGUCAUGCAACCUAAGGCCUAUCUUUUAUGAACCUACACUUCUCUAGUGUGCUAUUCCAGCAGGACAAUGCAUGUCCACAUGCUGCUACAUGCUGUUUUUUUUUCUGGCAAAUCCAUUUUAUGUCUAAACAGGUCCUUGGUAAACUGCCAUGGAAUGAUCCAGCAGCCACAAGUUAGCAGAGUAUCACGUGCAUAAUGCUAAUUGUUGGUUGUUUGCUUACUUAUUAACAAAGUUAGCUUUGUAAAUUGAACUAUCCCUUCAUAAUGUGAUCUCAUUCUUUGAACUCUGUAUUAAAUGAUGCUAUUAAAUGA